CAUGGCUGCAGAACAAGAGGCUGAAGAAACUGUUUCUCAAGAGCUGCACAGCCCCCCUGAGCUGAGGAUCGUGCUGCUUGGGGGAGGCAGGGCUGGGAAGAAUGCAGCAGGAAACACCAUCCUGGGCAGGGAGGAGGGUAGAUCUGGACUAAGCCUCUGUACAGAAACAAGGGAGUGUGAGAAGAGAACAGGAGAAGUUGCUGGGAGACGGGUCACUGUGGUCAACACUCCAGACUUGUUUCACCCAGAACUACUCAAUAUUGAGAGAUGUGUUUCUCUGUCUGCACCGGGACCCCACGCUUUCCUCCUGCUGAUACGGGUGUAUCCAAAAAAAACUCUUGACACUCACCGUGAGUUAAUAGUAGAACAGGAUUGCAAAUCCUAUGAUAAAGUCCAGGAGCUGUUUGGUGAGAGAGCUGUGAGGAACACAAUGAUCCUUUUCACCUUCGGGGAUUGUCUGAGAGGCAGGACGAUUAAGCAGUACAUUAAGGAAGCUGGUGAGGAGCUCCAGCAGCUUGUUGAGAAAUGUGGGAACAGAUAUCAUGUUCUCAACAAUAACAGGAGCGAUCACACUCAGGUCACACAGCUCCUGGACAAGAUAGACAACAUGGUGAAGGGAAAUGGAGGGUGCGCUUUCACCAAUGAGAUGUACCAGCAAGCAGAAAGAUGGAAUAGACUAAAGGAACAGGAGCUGAAUGAGAAACACAAAGAGGAACUGAGCAGGAAAGAAGAGGAGAUUAAACAGAAAUAUGAGGAGGAACAGAGUAGGAGAGAAGAGGAGCUGAAACAGAAAUAUGAGAAGGAACAGAGUAGGAAAGAAGAGGAGAUGAAACAUAAAUAUGAGAAGGAACAGAGUAGGAGAGAAGAGGAGAUGAAACAUAAAUAUGAGGAAGAACAGAGUAGGAGAGAAGAGGAGCUGAUGGAGAAGUUGAGGAAGCAAAUGAAGAAAGAGAAGCCGGAGAACGAGCCAGAGGAAUCCAAGCCGCCUAUCAGGAGAAGAGCUAGCAUUGAUUUAUCCACUCCCAACAUGUCUGGAGGAGCAGGGGCCACUCUAGAGAAACGUGAAGGAGAGACUCCCAUUGCAAACAGCCAAGCGCCUUCAAAAAAACACAGAUAUGAGAAGAAAAAGGAGAAGGAGCUGGGGAAAGAGCCAGAGGAAUCCAAGCUGCCUGUCAGGAGGAGUAGCAUGGAGGAACCCCAUAACAUGUCUGGAGGUGAAGGAGAGGCUCCUCUUGCAGAUAACCAAGCGCCUCCCAGCCCCCCUGAGCUGAGGAUGGUGCUGCUUGGGAAGACUGGGGCUGGGAAGAGUGCAGCAGGAAACACCAUCCUGGGCAGGGAGGAGUUCAGAUCUGAAGCCAGCUCCUCUGCAGUAACGAGAGAGUGUGAGAAGAGAAAAGGACAAGUGGCUGGGAGACGUGUUGCUGUGAUCGACACUCCAGAGCUCUCUCAGGACAAACUCCAGAUUAUUAGAUGUGUUUCUCUGUCUGCCCCGGGACCCCAUGCUUUCCUCCUGGUGAUACCGGUGGGUCGAUUCACAGAGGAAGAGAGGAGAGCAGUGGCGACAGUCCAGGAGAUAUUCAGUGAGGAGGCUGUGAGGAGGUACAUGAUGCUCCUUUUCACACACAGUGACAAACUGAAAGGCAAGACCAUUGAGGAUUAUAUUCAGACAGGCAGCAAGGAGCUCCAGCAGCUUGUUCAGAAAUGUAAGAACAGGUAUCAUGUUCUCAAUAAUGAGGACAGGAGCGAUCGCACACAGGUCACACAGCUCCUGGACAAGAUAGACAACAUGGUGAAGGGAAACAACGGCAGCUACUACACCAGUGAGAUGUACCGGGAGGGGAAAGAAAGGGCCAGGGUGGGCUAUGAAAACAGCAAACUGCUAAAGGAGAGAACAGGAGAGCUGGAGCUACAACUGGAGCUGAGGAGAGAGAGGGAGAAAUCCAGAGUGCUGGAGAGGGACCUGAAGAAAGAGAUGGAGAAAAGGAGAGAGCUGGAGGAAAAGCAGAGGAGAGAGGAGAGAGAAAUGGGGGAGCAGAUGGGAAAGUUUAGCUGGCAGAAGUACAAGGAAAAGCCACCUGGAAAUCAAUAUCUAAGGCCAUUAGUAGUGUUUACUGGAGGAUCAGUAGGGGCAGCAGUAGUAGGGGCAGUAAUUGGAGCCAUAUCAGGUCCAGUAGGAGCUGCAGCAGGUGUGGUUAUAGGAGCUAUACUAGGAGCAGCAGUAGGAGCAACAUUAGGAAGAGUGACAGGAGGUGAGGUAGGAACAGAGGCAGUAAGAGAGCCAUACAAAACACAGUGAUGAUAACAUGGACCACACUGAUGUGAAAAUUAUACCAUGCCGCAAAUGAUGAACUCGUACAGCUUUUACUGUCUGUGUCUGUGAUGAAUAAGCCAGUGAAAAGCAUGAGUUGCUCACAAUUCAUCUGACUGUAAAUGCAUCACCUCUGAACUCCAAGAGAAAUCAGAUUUGAAACGGACAAGACUUUAGAAAAGCAUGAGUCUUUUAUACUUGGAUCAUUUGUUUAAUGGCUUCAUAGAUUCUAGACAACUUUAAUAUGAUGUAUAUUAUCUAUCUGUAUCGUGUAAAUUCUCUAUACUAUAUACAAACUUUAAUACUGAAAUAUAUUGUACCUACAGCCAAGUAAUUGAAAAGUUCACUCCACUCAGGAGCUUUGCUUUGAUAAUUAAGAAAUAAACGCAACUAUAAGUAAUUCGUUUAAUGGCUCAAUAUGUUCUAGUCAACUGUCAUAUGCUCUACAUCAUAUCUCUA